GCUAGAAAGCGCUUUCGACGCGACUGUAAACUAAAUACGAAGCGCCUAAAUAAGCUAGAAGAGGAGGCUAUAGUUAAGCGUAUUCUUAAAGAGUCUACUGUUACAAGUAACAACGGAAAGGAUCUUCUCCCCUGUGCUGAUGGUAUAGUGGUUGGGAAGCCACUCGGGAUACUAGCAGCAAACGACGGACAUCGCGGGGCUAGGUCACGUGAUGUGCCAUCACGCCAAGACGGUGCCAUCAGUGAUGGCAGGUUCCGUAUGUGA